GUUUCGAGUAUGAAACCUUUUUUAUAUUUAAUCACUUGAAUCUCUUUCUUCUCCACAUCUUCCAAACUCUCAGAUAAAAUAGCAGUAACAAUCGAAAUUUGUUUCUUUUUUACUUCUUCAUUUCUACUGCUAAUAGUAUAUUCUUUCAACAGCAGUCUAUUUGAUUAAGCAAGCACCCCCACACACUGCAAAAAAGCAAAAUAACAAUAAAUCAACAAUGCCUUUGGCACAUACACAAUGCCUAUCCCCGAUCCCAACAGUCCACUCGCACAUCAGCACAAGCAACAAACUAAAAUCUACACUACAUCUCCCGUACCACCGGCGGGUAAUUGAUAACGAAUGCAGUAUGGCGCGGGACCAAUUCGCUGUCGAGCGCAACUUUCUCUCUUGGAUUAAAUUAUCUUUGGCCAUGUGGUUGCGCAACGACACUUUGCAAGGCGCUUAUGCAAAAUUGUCGGACGUGUCUGUCAUUUAUCUCUUAUGUCUUGCUAUUGCACUGCUGGUGGUGUCCACAGCAUAUAUGUGGGGGACAAAGGGGCGGCUGGUGACGGAUCAGAGGCCUAUGCGUAUGUUCUGGGCGUUCAUUUUGCUGGCUGCUGGGAGUAUUGGCGCGGCAUCCUUGGUUUUUGUAAUGUCCAUAAAUUAUCACCGAAUGUAUGCUGUUAGUUUAUUAUAAUAUUAAUAUAGACAAUUAAAAAAGAG